AUUUUGGUUACACUAGGCGGAAGCGCUUAAUUUACCGAGCCUGAAGUGUUUCAAGAAAAAAGGGAAAACUGCUCAACGAGGAACAACACGGUUAUAAAUCAUAACACACAGGACGGAGUGGGCACCGUGUUUCGUGGCUGGAAGACUGGGUUACUCCACCUCUGUACAUCGUGCCUGCUUCUUGUCACCAGGAGUUUACCCCUGACGUCACCCAUCAUCAGUUCCCGACUCACUGAUCUCAGCUCCCGUCCCCACCUCUCAAGUCUGUAGUUUCAGCCCAGCUCAAGUCGUCUCAUCCAGAACAGCCUCUUAUCUCUGUCAAUGGCGGGACGUGGUGGAGGAGCAACCAGGCCCAAUGGUGCCGCAGCAGCAAACAAAAUCUGCCAGUUCAAACUAGUGCUCCUGGGGGAGUCAGCGGUGGGAAAGUCGAGCCUGGUCCUGCGUUUUGUGAAAGGCCAGUUCCAUGAGUAUCAGGAAAGUACAAUUGGAGCUGCCUUCCUGACACAGACCGUCUGUCUGGAUGACACCACUGUGAAGUUUGAGAUCUGGGACACAGCGGGUCAAGAGCGCUACCACAGCCUGGCUCCGAUGUACUACAGAGGAGCCCAGGCAGCGAUCGUGGUCUAUGACAUUACUAACACAGAUACUUUUGCACGAGCAAAAAACUGGGUGAAGGAGUUGCAGAGACAAGCCAGUCCCAACAUAGUGAUCGCUCUGGCCGGCAACAAGGCAGACAUUGCAAACAAGAGAGCUGUAGAUCUUCAGGAGGCACAAACAUAUGCUGAUGAUAACAGUCUACUUUUCAUGGAGACGUCAGCCAAGACUGCCAUGAAUGUCAAUGAAAUUUUCAUGGCUAUUGCAAAGAAGCUACCGAAGAACGAUCCUCAGGGUGGGGUUGGACCAGGAGGGCGGACCAGGACAGGAGUGGACCUACAAGAAGCCGCUCCUCAGGGCCGCAGUAGCCAGUGCUGUGGUGGCAGUAAUUAGCAAGUACAAAACAGUGUACUUUAGUGAGCGAGCCUUGAACAUGGUUUUAAGGACAGCACGUAGCUAAAACCCAGAAAGGCAGGAAAGGGCAGAGCCUCUCGCCACUCCUGCACUUAAACUGAGAUUACAGAUGAGAUUAUCUGGAUACUCUUUGAUUAAAGGAACAUUUUUUUAAAAGAAUCAUAAGCUAGAGGGAAUAACAGAUAUCCCUCACUACUCUUCUCUUCUGUCUUUGCCCCCUGUAUCUAUCUACCUCCCUGUUCCUCCUCAACCUCUGUCUCAGUUGAUUAAAUUCUGUCUUAAAUGAUUUUUUUUUUUUGAAGGGUGAUGCUGAGGUUUUUGCCAUUUGUGUGUGUGUGUGUGUGUGUAUCUGUCUGUGUUUGUGUGAGAGAGAGCGAGAGAGAGAGUGUGUGUGUGUGUGUGUGUGUGUGUGUGUGUGUGUUAUGUAUGUGUAUGUCUGUAUAUACUAUAUAUAUUAUAUAUAUUUACAUAUACACACAUAUACAUAUAUAUAUUUUGAGUUGUUUACUUUUCUACUCCUCUCAUUUCCCCUUCUCAUUGAUCAUCAUUAUGAAAAAUAAAAACACCCAACUGUCACAGCUGAAAUUGCAAAUGAAAGAGCAAUUAAUCUUACAGGGGUUUUGUCACAUUGCAAUUGAUAUCUCAGCAUUUUGUUGCUCUUUUUAGGGACCUGGGUCACACCACAGUGGUAAGGAAAUCUCUAGACUUUGCUUAUUGAAGCAGGUCAUGAUUUGUUAGGCUACACAUCUGAAGAUGUUUUUGAACUGAUGUGCAACAAUGCAGCUGUUUGCAUUCAUUGUGUAUUGAUACCUGUAACAUCAGAGAGUUGUUAGCCUUUUUUAAGAGAAAUGUCAAAAUAACUUGUAAAUCUAAAAUAAUAAAUAACGUGAAAAAUGA